AAAAGCAGAGCCAUGCAGCUGGGGAAGCUGUUGAGAUCGGGCCAUGGCUACAGCUUGGGUUCUGCUGCUGGUGACUGUGGUGCUGGGCUUGGCCAGAGCAGGCCCUGUCCCCACUUCCAAACCCACCACCACCAGGAGGGGCUGCCACAUAGGCAGGUUCCAAUCCCUGUCGCCGCGGGAACUGGAAGCCUUCAAGAAGGCCAAGGAUGCCUUGGAAGAGUCACUGUCGCUGAAGAACUGGAACUGCAGCUCUCGCCUCUUCCCCAGGACCAGGGACCCGAGACACCUGCAGGCGUGGAAGCGCCCUGUGGCCUUGGAGGCUGAAGUAGGCUUGACAGUGAAGGUCCUGGGGACCUCGGCGGAUUCACCCUUAGGGGUGGUCCUGGGCCAGCCGCUUCACAUGCUGCGCCACAUCCACUCUGAGCUCCAGGCUUGUGUCCCGGCUCAACCCACACCAAGAUCCAAGGCCGCAGGGUCGCUCCACCACUGGCUGCGCGGGCUCCAGGAAGCCCCGAGGAAGGAGUCCCAGGGCCGCCUCGAGGCCUCUGUCACGUGCAACGUCUUCCGCCUCCUCACUCGGGACCUAACAUGCGUUGCCAGUGGAGACCUGCGCCUCUGGUAGCAGGGACCCACCCCAACCCAGCCCACCUGGGAGCCACUUUAUUUAUGCGCCCAGCCCCACCUCUGUCUUAAGUUAUCUCCUCGAACCCCUUAUUUAUGGAGCUGCAGCCCUGAUCUGUACUCAUAAGAAAUAUUUUUUUUCUACUUUUGAACAAAACUGCAUGUGUAAAUAAACAGUGAAGAACUAGGGGAAAAAAGAGAUUUAGGAGAUUGAGAGAUGAGAGGAACACAUCAGACAACAGCAAAGGCUGCAAUAUGCAAAACGUAGACGCUGGUAAAAUAUAAAGAAUCAACAAUCCAGUUUCUUCAACAAAUAGAUUUCAAGGAAAAAAAACAGAGAAAGAUGGGCCUCUGCCCUAUAGGGACAUCCUUUAGGGUAAAGGUGAUUUAAAGAUCCAUCCACUGACUGCAAUGUGGAGACCUUAUUUGGACCCUGUUGCAAACACAGUUAUUUUAAAAACAUGGAUUUUUAAGACAAGUGGACAUUGGAACACUGACUAGGUAUCUGCUGCUACGGAGUAAUUGUUAUAAAAAUGUAGAUGUGAUCACGGGAUUGUGUUUUAAAAGCCUUUGCCUUGUAGACAGAUGUACUGAAAUGUUCACAAAUGAGAGAGAUGUCUGGAAUUUGCUUUAGGAGUUAGGGGAGUGAAAGGACAGAGUUUGGCCACAAGCUGCUAACUGGUGAACCACUGAAGCUGGGUUCAGUGUUCAUUCUACUUCUUUUAUAAAUAAAAAGGAUUUUUAAAUGAGCAAACAGAAAAAAUAUGGUUUAAGCAAUAGUUUCUCUCCCACAUAAAAGCUCUGGAGGCAGGCAGAGCAGGCCGGACAAUGGCAGCACCCCCAGAAUCAGGACCCCGCCCCUUCCAGCUCCUGCACCGCCCUCCUCUUUACUUGGCCGCCUCUACGGUCUCACCCAGCUGCUCCACUCCAGCCAGGAAAGAGAAUCGGGGUGGAAGACAGGCUCCUUUCUUUGAAAAGACAAGUCUUAGAAGCCGCACAAAGCCCUUUUCCAUCCCAGAGACCAGAGAUAUGAGCCUGUCUAUAAGAGAGGCUGGGAAAGCAAUCUAUUCUGGAUGACCAUAUGGCCAAAGAAAAUUGGGGCUUCUGUUACUAAGGGAGAAGUGGUGAGUAGAGAUGGGGGUAGAUUCGCAGUCUGCCACAGCUCCUGUCCCUCUCUGAUUGGUAAUCAGGUGUGGAGAGCACCAGAGAGAAGGGAGCAGGCAGCAGGGCUAAUACCGUACAACUGCUGGGCCUGAUGAUGUUUAAAUAUGCUUGUCAUUUACACAUACAAAUUCAGCAAUCUGGUCUGAUGUCACCUCUGCUUUGGAUGCAGGAGUGAGUGUCUGGCUUCUUUGCUCUCCCAGGCUGUUCAUCUCUAGGAAGCUGCUGUUCCUGGCAGAGCACUUCCUACGCUGUAGGCAAAAAACAAACCCAGCACCUGCACCUUGGGCUGGCCCAAAGCCUGGAUAUUUGUUCAGCCAGUACAUGAAGUGGAGAAACCUCAGUCUCUUCCCCGACAGCUAAGUCAUCUAGUGGGUGGCCAACCCAGCAGCGGUAGGCAUUGGGCACAGAGGCCCUGCUGGUGCCCGAAGCCAGGAUGUCCCAACUAUAGGUACUCUU